AUGGUCUUUGCUCCUUGGUCGGGAAUUGUGGUCUUACUGGUGUUGGGGGGAACAGAUGGAGGCUCGGUGGACCAGACGGAAGACCAUGUGACCCUCGUUGAAGGGGCAACACUCACUCUCAACUGCACUUACAAAAUCAGUGUUCCCCCUACUCUCUUCUGGUACGUCCAAUUUCCCCGGGAAGCCCCUCGGCUCCUCCUGAGAGACACGUCAGAGGAGGAGCAGAAAAAAUCCAGCAAAGGUUUUCAUGCUGAACACAAGAAGACCACCAAGUCCUUCCAUCUGAGGAAACACGCUGUCACCCUGGGAGACUCAGCCAUGUACUACUGUGCUCUGAGUGACACAGUGACAGGAGCUGUAGGGGAUGCUGCACACAAACCCCUGACAGAUCCAGCAGUGAUGUGGAGUCUGGGCAGAACAAUCUUUGAAGUGGCCAGGACGAGCGGCCAGAAUGAGGUGAAGCAGACUCCUCCAUCCCUGAGCAUCCGCGAGGGAGCGAACAGCACCAUGAACUGCAACUACUCAAUUAGCAAUUUUAAUAGUUUACAGUGGUACCGGCAAUAUGCAGGAAAAGGCCCUGAAUCCUUGUUUAUCCUGAGCUUACAUGGAGUUGAUAAACAGGAAGGAAGAUUAACAGCCACCCUCAAUACUCAAAAAAGGACUAGCUCCCUGCACAUCAGGGGCUCUCAGCUCAGAGACUCAGCCAUGUACCUCUGUGCCGUGGAGACACAGUGA